AAGGACGCGGCGUCGACUCCUGCUCAGAGGUGAAUCUUGAUUUAUACGCGAGACACGCGACACCCGCGAAGUCAAGUCAGCCGUGGAAUCAAGGCGUACCGCGAUUGUCGAGUGCCGGCAGUUGCCGAGAUAUUCGGACGAGAUGUGCAGCGAAAGCUUUGAGAACAGUGAAGACAGUGACUUGCUCCAGAAUAACAACAACUACAAGACAGCGCACAAAUUUGGGAAACAUGAAACAUUAGACAGCAAAGCAGUUCAAAGAAGAAGAAUUCUCGCACAAUGUCUAGUAACAGCGGCAGUGAUGUUAAGCUCAGCAAGCUGUGGCAUGCCAGUUGGAUACUCCGCCAUUUUGCUUCCUCAGCUUCAAAUUACAAAUGAUUCCAUGCGAAUUGGUGACGAAAUGGGUUCGUGGAUUGCUAGUCUUCAUUCUGCAGCUACCCCAGUAGGAUCUCUCCUAAGCGGAAUCUUCAUGGACAGAUUCGGCAGGAAGGUAGCAAUGCAGAUAGCGUCAACGCCUCUGAUCGUCGGUUGGCUUCUGAUUGGUUUGGCUCAGAAUCAUGUUUGGUUGCUGAUUGGAAGAAUCGUGGCCGGCAUCUCAGCCGGAUUGGCCGCGGCAACAGGACAAAAGAGACCUACACUGGACAGAAUGUUCGCUUCGACGUCACAAAGAAAUGAUGAUGGUUUGCGGGCGUCUUACAAUAUCUCGUUACUUAUAGCAAAAUCCGGAAAACCGCAUACUAUCGGAGAGAAGUUAAUUUUGCCAGCCGUUGAAGAGGUUUUAAAAACUGUUUUACACAAACCUGCAUCUGAUAUCAUUAAAAGAAUUCCCUUAAGCAACAAUACUGUUGAAAGAUGUAUUGAUGAAAUGAGUUCUGAUAUUGAAAGCUUUUUAUGUAAUUAUUUGCAAACGACCCAUUUCUCUAGACAACUGGACGAAUCAACUUUACCUGAUAAUGCAGCAUUAUUAUUGGCAUAUGUUCGUUUUAUUAUGAAUCAAGAAAUCUACGAAGAACUGCUCUUCGCAAGAACUUUGAUUACCGACACUAAAGGUGAAUCAAUAUUUUAUGUUUUGAAGGAUUACUUCCUUGAAAAAGCAAUUCCUUUAUCAAAUAUAAUAUCAGUAGCUACAGAUCGAGCACCUGCCAUGGUUGGACGUUAUCGUGGAUUUAUAAGCUAUUUAAAACAAAAUGUGUCAGGGGUGUUAGCAAUACAUUGCGCUAUCCAUCGACAACAUUUAGUUGCUAAAAAUUUGAGUGUUAGAUUGCAUGAAUCACUUCAUUUAGUCAUUGAUACAGUAAACCGAAUCCGAAGCAACGCGUUGAAUACGCGGUUAUUUGCGCAGUUGUGUGAAGAAAACGACGAACACUUUCAUCAAUUACUCCUUCGCACUGAAGUACGCUGGCUGUCGAAAGGCUUUUGUUUGACAAGAUUUUUUGCACUUUUUGAGACUAUUUUAGAAUUUCUGGAUAAUAAAGAUAAAAUUUUAAAAGAAAAUUUAAUGAAGAGGAAAACAGACAUCGCCUAUUUAACAGAUUUGUUUACAAAAUUUAAUAUGGUUAAUUUGCAAUUACAAGGCGACAGUUUAAAUUUGAUUAAAACAAAGUCCAUCUUAUCAGCGUUUCUUGUCAGAGUUAAACUAAUGAAGCAAAAUAUUGGACGGGGCGAAUUUUCUCAGUUCCCCAAUUUGUCACAGACAAGCUGCCAGGAAGACGACGUUUCGAAUUACCUUCAACAUUUAAAUGCCCUCUAUUCAGAUUUUGAAUCUAGGUUUGAAGAUAUUUUGACUAUGGUGUUCAUAGGUGAAAUAUCCGAACCUCACCUUCGAGGUAUAUUUUCCAGUGGUCCCUUUGCUAGUUAUUCUUUUGGUAUACUUUUGGUAUAUGCACUGGGAUUCCUGCUGCCUUGGAGAGAAGUUGCAGGUUUGAGUGCGAUUCCACCGAUUACGGCACUCGCAAUCUAUUUCUUCCUACCAGAAAGUCCGGUAUGGCUUGUACGAAGAGGUAGAAUAGAAGAAGCAAGAGCCUCAAUGCUAUGGUUAAGAGGAGGCAACCUAAACAAGGUAAGGACAUCGUUUCAAAAAACAGGUACCACAAUAAUCUUGAGACGUCUACCUUUGUAUUUUUAG